AUGGACAGAUCAACUGGUCACGAUGGAGAGAUCAAGGGAGACAGUGUAACAUUUGUUGCACUGUUUGACCAGGAAGUUUACGCAAUCGAGGCGAACUCUCCUGUCAAUGGAUGGGUGGUCGACACCAAACAGUCCGAGAAAAAGAAAGGGGCCAAUGCUUUCAAGAUCAUACUAAGGCCAGGGCACCUGGCAAAUUUACAGAAUAGGAGGGCAACCAUCCUCUCUUCUACCUAUCUUCACACUGGAAACAGUAACUUGACGCAGUUCAAGAAAGGAAAGCCUCUCAUUACCCUCUUCCAUCCCAUUCGCGCUUGCAUUGGGAAGAGCCGGCCCAACGUACUGUAUCGCGCCGUCCACGACUGUCACCCCGGCAAUGGGCUGUACUCGCGUGGGUUCGGAACCGUCAAGAAUGAUCCGAUGAGCUUCAUGGAGCACUUCUGCCGUCAUCUGAACUGGAAGCGCCGUGAUCCAAGCCCUUUCAUGUCUACUACCAGCCAUCUUUCCAAGGCCGUCAAUGUCGCCAGGUGGUACGAGCGCAACGGCUUCAGCGGCAUUGAGGUCCUCGUGAUCAAAAUGGACAAAGAGUGGCGGGAGCAGUCAAAAGUGUGGAAAGUCAAUGAUAUCUUGGCCACGCUUGGUCGCUCUGCCAUGCGCAAGGCGUCAGCCUUCGAGCACGAGUACCUGAUCGAGGAAUACAUCCCGGCGUCUUGCGUGAGCCGACUUCAGUGGGAGAAGGUAAAAGGCAAUAUUCGAGCCCAACAGAUCAAGGGAGAGCCCGGCAAAAAGCGAAAGCGAAGCCUUUUCGAGUCUGAUGGUCGGGAAGGUGAGAGUGAGCUGGGAAAUGAGUGA